UUCAAUAGCAGCAGCGCGCGCGGCAGGGGAGGGACGCACUGCCAGGAUAACCACACACACAUUUACACACAGAGUCCUUCACUCUCUCACUCACUCACUCACUCAUUCACAGCCUGCCCACAGCACAGAAGAGCAGUUAAAUCCGCAGGAAAAGUGCAAACACGCACCAGAGCAGUGUCCUCGUCUGAGCUGAGGGACACACGGAGGACACAGACAGACAGACAGUCAGACAGACAGACAGGCAGGCAGAGGACACGUUUAUUUCUCCUUUGUUGAAGACAUUUUCCUGGUGGUGAUUACGGCGUCGUUCUCUCACUGUGAGAAUGAGGCAGUGUAAAAGCUGGAGUGCGGUGCUGCUGCUGCUUUUGGGACUCGGAGCCGUGUCCCAGAAACUGCCCACGCGAGACGAAGGGCUCUUCCAGAUGCAGAUCAGAGACAAGACGCUGUUCCACGACUCCUCCGUCAUCCCGGACGGAGCGGAGAUCAGUGGCUACCUCUUCAGGGACACGCCCAAAAGGUACUACUUUGUGGUGGAAGAAGACAACACACCCCUGUCUGUGACGGUGACACCUUGUGACGCGCCUCUGGAGUGGAAACUCACGCUGCAGGAGCUGCCGGAGGAGGCCAGUGGAGAGGGAUCAGGAGAGCCUGAACCUCUGGACGAGCAGAAGCAGCAGGUGACUGUAGAUGAAGGAACUGAGCUGUUCACCUACAAGGGCAACGAUGUGGAGUCCUACGUGGCCACCAGCACGCCCUCUGGCCUCUACCAGCUGGAGCUGCUGUCCACAGAGAAAGACAGCAACUUCAAGGUGUACGCCACCACGACUCCAGAGUCUGACCAGCCUUACCCGGAGCUGCCCAACGACCCUCGCGUGGACGUGACCGCCCUGGGCCGUACCACUGUCACUCUGGCUUGGAAACCUACUCCCACAGGCUUUCUGAUGGGCCAGCCUGUGCAGUACUGUGUAGUCAUCAACAAGGAACACAAUUUCAAGAGCAUGUGUGCUGCUGAAGCUAAGAUCAGCACCGACGAUGCCUUCAUGACGGCUCCAAAGCCUGGCAGAGACUUCAGCCCUUUUGACUUCAUGCACUUUGGCUUUGUUCCCUCUGACAAUGGUUUUGGAAAAGAUCGAGGCCUCACCAGUAACAAGAUCUCACGGGCGUUCACAGCCAAACCCAAAACAGCAGAUAUUCAGAAGCUGUGCAUUGGCAAUAAAAACAUUUUCACUAUAUCAGAUCUCAAACCCGACACGCAGUACUACUUUGAUGUGUUUGCUCUGAACUCUGCCACCAACACCAGCACAGCCUACGUGGGAACUUUCGCCCGCACUAAAGAGGAGGCUCGUCAGAAGACGGUGGAACUGAAAGACGGCAAAGUGUCGGACAUCUUCAUCAAGAGGAAAGGCAGCAAGUUUUUGCGCUUCGCUCCGGUGUCUUCCCACCAGAGGGUUACUCUGUUUGUCCACGCGUGUCUCGACACCGUGCAGGUGCAGGUGCGGCGCGAUGGUAAACUGCUGCUCUCCCAGAAUGUGGAAGGUGUACGGCAGUUCCAGUUGCGGGGUAAGCCAAAAGCCAAGUACUUGAUCCGCUUGCGGGGCAGCAGGAAAGGAGCCUCCACGCUGAAGGUGCUAGCUACCACACGACCCAGCAGCAAGCAGCCAUUCCCUUCACUCCCAGAGGAUACUCGCAUCAAGGCAUUCGACAAGCUGCGCACCUGCUCCUCCGUCACAGUGGCCUGGCUGGGAACGCAGGACCGCAAUAAAUACUGCAUUUACCGCAAGGAGGUGGCUGAUAAUUACGGCGAGGAGCAGAGGCGGCGGGAGCAGAACCAGUGCGCUGGACCAGAGACCCGCAGGAAGUCAGAAAAGGUCUUGUGCAAGUACUUCCACAGCCCGAACCUGCAGAAAGCUGUGACUACAGAGACCAUCACAGGUAUGGAACCAGGGAAGACCUACCUGCUGGACGUUUACGUGGUGGGACAUAGUGGUCACUCAGUGAAAUACCAGAGCAAACUGGUGAAAACAAGGAAGUACUGCUAAAUGACUCUGCAAAGAAUAAAUCUAUUAUAAAUAUAUAUAUUAAAUAAGUUUAUUUAACUCUAAGUGAUAUUCUACUAAGGAGUGUAUACAGACUGACUACUCACACAGCUGAUGGGCCUGUGGCAGAACUGUUUCCAGAAAGAGAGCGAUAUCAACCUGUAUAUUUAUGUUUACAUGUCAUGGUUUGUGUGGCCCAUAGUGUGAGCUGCUUUGUUCCCAGGUUUGUCGUCUUGACAUCACGCUGCCUCCGGGGAGGCGCAACUACAAAGAGGAUAAUCUUUCACGCUGUAUGUUUCUUUGCUGCUGCAUGACACUCGCUUUUGUCCGUCAUAUUUGUCUGUUCUUUCAGUUUCAAGUCACGUUGACCAGAGGAGACACAGUGGCUGCCUGUAUCGUGUAAAUCUCUCACUGCAUAUCCAGUAUAUAUGUUUUUAGAAAGAAUUUAAAUUAUUUUAUACUUUUUUUGUCUUCUUUUCGAUCAUUAUUGGUUUUUUUUUAUUGAUGACAAUAAUAACUGUAAUGAGGAAGUUCCAGUUGUAUGAGGAGGUUGUCGCUGUUCAGACAUUCCCUUGUGUAUCUCUGCCAGUGUUUGCUUCAGAGCCCACCUUGUAAAUGUGUUCUGUACUGGAGAUCUGUGUUACUAUCACUGUAUCCCUGUGUGUGUAUGCGUGUGUGUGUGUGUGAGUGUGUGUGUGUGUGUGUGUCACAUGUACAGAGUUGUCCUGCCAAUAUUCAUGUACAUAAACACUAAAUAUAGAACAAGUAAUCCCUGUGUCA